UUUAGGGCUCGUAAAAAUGUACGAUUGCUCCGAAAGAGUGCUUGUGUAUCACGAUGAUAAAAACAACAAGAGAAAAAAUAAAUAGAUGGUGAUAAAUCUCGUGAUGUGAAAUUUCAAUUAAAUAACACAAGAGUGUUGUGUAGGUUUUAGUAUAUAAAAUAUAUAUAUGUGGAUUUAAAUGGCACGCAAUGUAAGGUGAAGGAUAUUUUGUUUCUGCACGCAAAUGCAAAACGACAAUGACAUUGGGCUCAGAUAAUAAAACAAAACACUGAAGCUUUUGUGCUUUGAUGGCUAAGUGUUGGUGGAUUUUGUGUAAAUGGGGGAUCGUGGGUGUACGUGUGGUGUACGUGUAGUUGGGAAAUAAAAGAAAAUAAACAAUUGUUGGUGUUGCGGGUGAACGUGACACGCGGGCUGACAAACGGUCAGCUGAUCGGCACUGCAGCUCUUUUAUACAAGAUGGCGUCUAAAAAAUCAAAGCAAAACCACUCGAUUCAACAUCUACUGGAGUUACCGUCCAGCCGUAACGAGAGACUAUCUGAGAGCAGUGAACAGCAAUCACCAAGAACAACCCCUCGACAAGUUCCCGUGACUGUGCUUCAUCCAACACCAAAAAAGUUGUACCUGAGUAAAAAUCGGCAGGCGACCCUGCCUCAUCACCAAUUCCAACAAGCGACUUUGACAAGAUCGAUCUGUCCCAGCGAUCACCGACAAGAGUCGCCUCCAACGAGGCGGGAGUAUCCCCGCCGAAUGAUGAACAAGGUGGAUGAACGAGGCAGAUCACCCGGUACGUCAAUGCGACCUACACCUGUCGCAAUCACCUCACCGUCCAGUCCAGAAGAGCCUGUCACACUGGUGGAACUGACCAGCGUGCCAGGUGGACAGAAUGCAAUGGCACAUCUCAAAAAACGUAAGCUGGAAGCUGAUUCGGUUAUCCCGAAGCCGCUACAACAACAGCAACAGUCAGCACUCCAGUUAAAUGGUAAAAAACCGUUACAUCAAGUUUGUAGUGCGGGUGGUAGUGGUUGUGGUGGUGUAGGUGUAGGUGUUGUUGGUGUUAAUCAACCGAGUGGCCAGAUACAGCAGCAACAGCAGGACAUGGAAAGUUUUGAUGCCGCGACAAAACGUAGGAGAAAAAUAGUUCAUGAUGAUGUAAGAAAGAGUAUUGACCAGAGUGACAAGACGAUGGCAUUGCCUCAAAAGAAACGUGUUUUUAGCGCUAAUAAUAAUUUAGGCAGCCCGGCUAGAAAGACGAGUAAGAAUUCAGAUGAACAACCUGAGGACGAUGAAACUUUAAUACGUGAAACGGAAGCUGCAUUAAAAAGUUUGUCGGGUAGUUGGCCUGGGCCUAGUGGUUCAAUGUACCAGAGAGGUAAUCCGGAUGAGGAUAAAUAUGAAUCGAAUUUUGAAAAUUUAUUUGAGGAGAAAAAAGAUAAUCCUAAAAUGUCACCGUCUUCGGUUUCGACGUCUUCGAGUACCAGCAAUGAGACGGGAUGUUCGCUCAAGGAUGUGAUUACGUAUCGUGGGCAACAGGAUCGACGAUUUCAGCAGAACAAAUUGCAAGAGUCUCAUAAACAGCAGUCGCAAUUGGUGAUGAAGAAAAAAGAAGAAAUAUUAAUGAGGAUGGAGCCGGAUUGUCAGCCUAUGCAGUGUCAAAUAAACGCGGAUCUCAAUAAAAUGCGGUCGUUAUCUAGGUCAAUGAUAAUAAAGGACCGAAAUGACAGGAUGUCUGAUCUACGACAAGGCGACAAGUAUUCGCGUUACGACCCACCGGAUUUCAAUGAGCUUGUAGACGACUCCUCAAAUGAAUUAGAGAUUGACAUGUCUGAUCCCCUCGCUGAAAAAGACGACAGUGAGCGAGAUCGUUCCGAUGACAAAGAUAAGGAUAGAAACAAAAGUAAUGGGCCGCAUCCCUCGUCAAGACAUCACCCUCAAAUGUAUUCCAAUUAUCAAAGGUACCCAGACAACAGUAUGAAAGUAUCACCAACGACCUCAACAUCACCACCAACUUCCUCUUCGUCCGCAUUCUCCGGAUCAUCAGCAUUCCGACCGCCCAAUGCCGAUCACACGAAACCGCCUUGCCGUACACCAGUAGCACCUGCAUCAACGGUAUCCAGCCCACCAAUAGGACCCUAUCCAGCAUCAGCAACAUUCGUGGGUUUUCCUACACCAAUUCCUGGUCCAGUGAUGCCAGUCCCACAGCCAGUGAUCCCGCCCUCAGUAGACGAGAAACACUCGGUGUCGCUUCUCCAGUUGAAAUCACCGAAAGAGGAGCAGCAUCAAGUUCAACCGGAAGCUACCCCAAUUCCUGUAAAGACUCCCGGGACAGGAUUACCGCCCGUCACAUCACCCGACACCAAUUCAUCAAAGCAGUAUACGAUUCUCCAGCCGGCCGGUCUGGGCUCCCGAGCGGCCACUGCGAUCCAGGACAUUGCCCGUGAAGGUGUCGUCAGUGUAACUGCUGUCAGUAGCGCUGGUGUCAGCAAUACCACCAGCAGUUACACCACCGGGAAUAACAAAAAUAAUCCUCUUAACAAUAACAACAACAAUACUAAUAACAAUAAUACUAAUACUAAUAACAAUAAUAAUAAUAAUAGUAGUAAUAACAAUACUAGUAACAAUAAUAAUAAUAAUAAUACUGGAUCCACGAAUAUUGGUAACACCAAUGCCAGCAGUAUCACCACCAAUACCACCACCUCAACUACCACGUGUCCAUCAGUAGGUGACGUCUCUACUACAACAGGAACCGGUCCACCAGACGUGAUGAAGAUGCCAGACAGAAACGGCUUCGAUGGCAGCAGACCCGGCAUGUCUAUGUCACCGUCCAGCCUUGCUCGAGAGGGCAACAAGUGCCCGACACCAGGUUGCACGGGCCAAGGUCACGUGACCGGACUUUACUCGCACCAUCGCAGUUUAUCUGGAUGUCCAAGAAAGGACAAAUUAACGCCUGAAAUCCUGGUGAUGCAUGAGACUAUUUUGAAAUGCCCAACACCGGGUUGCAAUGGUCGUGGUCACGUCAGCUCCAAUCGCAGCACUCACAGAAGCCUCUCAGGUUGUCCAAUAGCUGCAGCAAAUAAGCAAGCAUCUCGCGAUUCCCGUCACAAAUUAUCAGUAACAGGAGUACCGCCAGAAUUUAUCAACACAAAUCUACUACCGGGAUCGAUGGACGUUAAGGGUUACCCACUAUACGGCACAGUAUCCCAAGAAACGAAGCCAAACGUUGUCGGCUCGCCUACUUACGAUUACUACAAAGGGCCUGGAAUGCCAGGGAAGCCGCCGAAAACCCCAGAAGACAGUUCAACCCGUGGCAGCACGAAAGUCAUUCCCAAACCCGAAGUAUCGCCUCCUACGAGCUGCUGUAACAGUUUACCGGGCAGGAAUCCUUCAAACCCAGACUUACUAGUCCCUAAAACCGAGGAGACUUCAUCUUGUCGUGUGAAUUCGCCUCCACCGCCCCCACCACCGGUGCGGCAGCCUUACGAUCCUUAUCUAAACCAGGAUUCAAAUUCGUCGUCGAUGUCGUCCAUGGAAGCGAUGAACUCUCGGCCGAUAGGAGCCACGAUUCAUCAUCCAGGUCAGCAUCCGCCCCAUCAUGUGCUGCCAAUGCAGCCGACUGUUACCUAUCCCAUGUCCAUGGUAGAGGACACGCGAAUGUCCCAUCAGAUGGCACAGAGAUCGCCUUACGAACCGAGCAUGAUGAGUGGGACGGCGACAUCCACCACCAGCGAGGACAUCUAUCAUCAUCGUAGCGCUGAGCAUCGAGGUUACAUGCACCCCGUUACAAAUGGAAUCACACGACCUGUUGUCACGUAUUCCAAUGACGUCGGGACUGCGAGAUAUGACAAUGUAGCGGCUGCCAAUCACCGGCCUUAUGAUCCAGGUGCUGGAUCUGGUUAUGAACGAUAUGACGCCCAAGGUUGCUCGCCUUUCCAGCAACAGCAGCAGCAACAACAACAGCAACAGCAACAGUUGCAUCUCCGAGCAAACAUGUACUAUCUCGGGCAGACGGGAAUGACCCCUGAUGAACAGGAACGAGCUUACCAUCAGGAAGCUGCGGCAGCGCAGCAACACCAGAUGGCAAUGGCUGCUGCUACGGGAGUAAUGAUUAAAUCGGAGGAUGAUUUUUGUGAUUCAGUGAAGUGCGUCACGACGGCUCAAGUACAGAUGCAAAAAUCUGGUCCUCCGACGUCACCAGGCGGCUCGGUGAUGGAUCUAUCGACAUCGAGCGUGACGUCAACAAGUCCUCAGGCACCUCCUUAUGGCUCCAAUAGUCUCAGUCCGCAAUACGGCGGAGGGCAGACCGUAGGAGGAAGUCCCCAAGCAGCGGCAAGUCCGCACUUGACAUCCAGCCCCCAAGUUCCAAGUCCACAAGGACAAACGCUCGACCUCAGUGUGAAUCGGCUUCACAGUCAAUUGACUAUUUAUAUGUUCAGCGGAGCACCUAGUCCUCAAUAUUCGACGGGUCACGGUGAAGCUGUUCCCGUUCCAGUGGGUCCGCCUUUCCCAGCACCACGACCCAUCGAGGAACAAACAGAACCCGUGGAUUUUUCUACGGCUAAUGAACCUGUUAAUUUCAGCGGCGGUCCUGGAAUCAGGCCUGUUGGUUUUCCACCACCUGGAGUCCACGCCGCAGCUUACAGCCGAGAAAGCACUCCAGACAGUGGAGUAUCCCAUUACAUGGACGCCUACAGAGAUCCGAGUGCAUACGGACCAAUGAGCCCACAUCCAGGCUACGGUAUGACAGCAGUCCAACCGGAAUACCCGGGGAACACUUACACCCCUUACCCAACGGCUGGGUACAAUUGCGGGGGCAGUUAUCCAGGUGGGCCUGUCACCUCUGGUUACCAGAUUCCAGCGGGCUACAGUCCAGCGCCUUGCUACAGUAUGCCGCCUCCUCAGCACACGAUCGGAACACUGGACAAACCCUCGGGCAAGGAUGACGGUUUAUCUGGAUGUCCAAGAGGAGACCGUUCACAGAUUCAAGCUCAUUCACAAGAACUAAAGUGUCCGACACCCGGAUGCGACGGAUCAGGACACGUUACCGGAAACUACAGCUCACAUCGUAGUCUAUCGGGAUGUCCACGAGCCAAUAAACCUAAAAGUAAACCACGUGAUGGACAGGAUUCAGAGCCUUUAAGGUGUCCAAUACCAGGUUGUGAUGGGUCAGGACAUGCGACCGGAAAAUUUCUAAGCCACCGAAGUGCAUCGGGCUGUCCAAUAGCGAAUAGGAACAAACUGCGCGUGCUCGAAUCCGGCGGUACCGUUGAGCAGCACAAAGCAGCAGUAGCGGCAGCAACAGCAAUGAAAUUCGAAGGUGUUAAUUGUCCGACACCUGGUUGCGACGGAAUUGGCCACAUCAAUGGUUCAUUUUCAACUCACAGGUCGUUGUCCGGGUGCCCUCUUGCCGGUAAUACACUUCGCAAGCCCAAGUUCGAAGACAUGACGAGCAUGUACAGCAAAGGAAUCAACGGGGUGGACGCCGGUGGUCCGGCUCAGGGUGGUGCGUUGGGUGCGGGACAGGGAAGCACGAGUGCUAGUGGACCUGCUGGUGGUCAGGGCGAGGACCUCUACACUCUGGAGGCUGAGAUCACCGAGUUACAGAGAGAAAAUGCCCGGGUCGAGUCUCAGGUCAUGCGUUUGCGCUCUGAGGUCAACGCUAUGGAAAAUCAUCUCAAGCAUGGAGAGAAGGAAAACACAACUAUCGCUCAAAGAAACAAUCAUCUCACAGAUUACUAUCAGUCGCUGAGAGACAACAUGAUAACUUUUCUAGAGCACGUGAGAAUACCCAGCGCACCUGGGGGUCCACCUGAAAAAAUGGGCCACGAAAAUUUUGACAGCUAUCUCACUAAAUUGCAGACCCUCUGUACACCUGACGGUUACUGCGCCGAUGAAACAAACCGGCCUACAUAUGAAACUGUAAAAACUGCACUUCAAGAUUUUACUGUCUUGCCGACGCCCAUCUGAGACCAUCAGUCUCAAGGUUGAGUCACAAAAUUUUAUCACUAGAAUCAUUUAACCGGUUAUCAAAAUUUGAAUUUUUAAAUAUUUUAUUAAAAAUAAUUCGUAAUUUCGAUUAAAAAAAUUUGAAAUUUUUAAUAAAAUAUUUAAAAAUUUGAAAUUUAAAAAUUAGUAACUCAAUCGUAAUAAACUUUGAAUAAUUUAUAAAAAAAUGUAAAUAAAUUUAGUCGAAAUAAUUCGCUCACGCGAUAAUGAAGGUUGUAAAUAAUAAUAAUAAUAAAUUGAUGUAAAAUUACAUCAAUUAAAAAAUGUAAAAAAAAACUAGUGAUGUAUCUAAAAUAGUUUGCUUACAAAACUACAAAACCAACAGGAAAUAUAAAUUAAAAUAAUCAGCUCUAUGUAAUUAGCAAAAUUAUUAUCGCUAAUUAUAAUUAUUUAAUCAUCAAUUAAAUAUAUUUCACACUCUCUGUCUUAAAUAAUCAAUUGCUCUCAUCUGCUAUCAUUAUUAAAAAAUAUUUAAACAAUUAGUCGAUAAUAAAUACAGUGGCAAUUGUCUAUAGUUUGUACAUAAUAAUAAUAAUUAACAAGAAAAAUAUCAUACGAUUUAAAUGAGUCGUUUAAUAAAAUAGUUAAUGAAUAAAAAUAUAAAUUAAUAAAUAUAUUAACUACUUAAGUGUCAAUAAUGAGUUAAUACCUCGGGUACUUCUCAAUAUUAUGACAGCCAGUCGAAUUUUAAUCGUCUAAGAUGUAUAUUACGAAUUUAUUAUUGCCAAACGUGUAGUCAUUUUAUGUGAAUGAAUGAUUAAUAAUUGAUAAUUAAUUAUCGAUAUGAAUAAUAGCAUUUAAAUAAUGAAAAUAUUUCAAGUGUAAUUGCAAUUAAAAUUAAAGCUCAGUAUUGUGCAAUAAUUUUAGUUACUUUAUUUUUUUUAUGAACAAGACUGUUGAUUUAUUGCCUAAAAAAUAUGAAAGCCUAUUAAUGUUAAAUUUAAUGUUUUAUAUUUAAUUUUAUUUAUCGCCAUGGCGGAUCCGGAUUACGGCAAUUUACUGGAAACGCGGUAUUUAUACGGAAAAUUUACCGCAAUUUACAGUAAAUCGCGGUAAUUUACGGUAUUUUGAAGUAUGUUACGGUAAAAACAAGGCAAUUUUCCGUAAAUUGAGGUAUUUUUACCGUAAACGACGUACAUUUUUUUAUUUUUACAGUUUUUACAGUGCAAUACUUCACUUUACAGUAAAAUACCGCAGGCGCACCGCAAUUUUACGGUAAAUUACGGUAUAUUUGCUGUAAAAUCCCGUAAUUCUGCCGUACAAUAUCGUACGUUUACCGCAAAUUACGGUAUUUUACCGUAAAAUACCGCAUUUCAUUGCAAUUUACGGUACGUUGGCCGCAAAUUACAGUUUUUCAACGCCGCAAUACCGUAAGUUUACCGUCAAAUACCGUAUUUCUAGCUAAAUUACGGUAUUUUACUGUAAAUUGCGGUAGCUUUACCACGAAUCCCGGCAUCAUAUCGCAAAUUGCUACACGUUAACCGUAAAAUACCGCAGUUUACUGUAAAUUACGGUACACUAUUGUAAAUUACGGGUUUUUGACUGUAAAAUACCGUACGUGUACCGUCAAAUACCGUAUUUCACUUCGAUUAUGGUACUUUACUGUAAAUGCCGGUAUUCUAUCGCAAUUUAUCGCACGUUAACCGCAAAAUACCGCACGUUCCUGUAAAUUGCGGUAUUUUGUCAUAAAUUACGACGCGUGGACCGCAAAUUGCGGGUUUUUACUUGAACACACUGUACAUUUAUUGUAAAUUACGGGAUUUAACAAUCAAUUUUAGGAUUUUACUGUGAAAUACCGUACGUUUAUUGUAAAAUACCGCAUAAUUUUGUUAAUUGCGGUAAGUUUACCGUAAAUUGCGGCAUUCGACCAUCAAUUGUGAUAUUUUGCUGCAAAAGACCGUUUGUUUACCGCACGUUAACCGUAAAAUACCGAAUGUUACCGUACGUUUUCCCUAAAAUACCGUAUUCUGUGUGAUUCCUAGCGGAUUCAAGUUACGGUAAUUACCGUAAUUUACGGUAAAAUUACAGUAAUUUACGGCAGACUGGUAUUCUACCGUAUUUUUGCCGUAAAUUACGACAAAAUACAGUAAUGUGUCAUAAAUUACCGCAUUUUUACCGUAAAUUGCGGUAAUUGCCGUAAUUUACCAUAGUUUGGAUCCACUAGGGACGUAUCGUAUUUUACCGUAAAAUACCGUAAAUUACGGGAAAAUCAAAUAAUUACCGUAAUUUAGAUUCACCAGGGGCGCUCGCUUAUCACAUAUUUUUUUAUAAAUUUUAUUCAUCACUUUUAAUAAAUUAAUAAUUAUAAUAUUAAUAAUAUAUGAUAUUUAUAUUAACAAUAAAAUUAAUAAUAAUAAUGAUAUUAACAUAAAUAAUAUAGUAAUGAAUAAUGAUAAUAAUCAUGAUUCUGCGAUUGCAGUAAUGUAAUAAUUGUAAAAAAAAAAAAAAAAAAAAUGAAAUAAUCGAUGAUUAAGUUUUAAGAUAAAAUUUAUUACACUCGCAAUUAAAAUAUGGUGCGGAUUAAUGUUUAUUAAUUUUGUUAAUUAUAUUAAUUGAGCGGUACUUGUUCAUAAAAAAAAAGAAAAAAAAAAAACAAAGUAUGGGUGGAAUUAAUAAUGUGCAAUAUUUAUAUUUUUUCAUGUUUUAAUUAAUUUUUAAUUAUCAACUUGAUGUUAUAAAUUUAUUUAUUGCUUUGUUAUAUUUAAUAAUUUAAAUAAUGUAAAACGUGUCACUCAAGUCUCAUAGAAUUUAAAAAAAAAAUAUUAUUAAAAAUAUAUUAAAUCAUAAUAAAGAAGACUGUGAAAAUAAUAUUUAACUUACUAUGAUAUUUUUAUUUAUUGUUUGUAUUGUAUAGAAUUUUUUUUUUUUUUUAUUCUUAGAGGUCUUUACCCACACGGAAACAAAUACACUGAUGGAAAUUUUUUUUAAAUUCGAAGUAAAUUAAUUGAAUUUAUUAACAAAAUUAAGGAAAUCAGAACUUGAAAAUUUAAAUUAUUGAAAAAAAAAAAAAAAUUAUUAUUUUAAACAAAGAAUCAUAAAUAAACUAAUUUUGAAGUAUGAAAUGGAUAGAAUAAAAAAGAAACCAUGAUUAUUUUCCAUUUUCUGAUGUCGGAAAUUCCGUUUUUCGACGUCCGAAAUUUCAAAUAUCAAAUUCGCCUCCGCUGUCUUUCUUACAGCAUUAAAUAAACUUUACUUUUACUUAACUCUAAAUUUUCAAGGGAUAAAUGACAUAAAAAUAAAAAUUCUCAUUUAUUUUAUGUUCAUUUCAUUCAAAUAAUCGUUUUUUUAUUGUCCAUAAGUCAAUUAAUUUCAAAGCUACACUGGAAAAAUUUUCAGAGUGAAUGCGGAGUCUAAUGUGAAGCAGAUAACUGAGUAUUUAUUUAAUCUCCUUAGAGAAAUUAACUCUGAAGGGGAGUUUAUUUUAAAAUUAAAACUCCGAAUCGGAGUGAACGCGGAUUCAGAUGAAAUCCAGUUUUCCUCAAAAUCACUCUGCUAGAAAAACCAACUCUAUAAUUACUUCUUAUGUCAUGAUUUUUUUAAAAACUCCAAGUGAAUUGAGAUUUACAUAAAAUUCGUAAUCACUGAAAAUUUACUCCCGAUUCUUCACAGUGUAAUCGGUAUUUUAAAAACCUGAAUUUUAAUUUAAAAUUAUUUAUUUUUCACGAUACUAGGAUCGGAACUUAGUUACAGUGUCUACAGCCAGCCGGGGACAGCCUUAAUUUCAUUUUCGUAAACGACUGCUCUAACUUUGUGAUGAAAUUUUAUAAAAAUGAGCCUAAAUAUCAAUAGUAUAUACAGUUUCUACUAAAUUACUCGCAGAUAAUUUUUAGUAAAAAUUACCUAUAAGGUUUGGUACUGUAAGGACAUCGAGCCAGUAACUAAAUUUAUACUGUUAGUAAUAAUUGCACUUCAUGCAUGGUAAAAAUUUAUAUAUUUACCACAUGUCCUCACAGAAUUUAUCUGCGUAUAUUAAUUGCAAAUGACAAUUUACGCUUACAAAUAGUUGAUCACAUCAUUGGUGUUAACUUAAUUCAUUUAUGACUGUCUGCUGACACUGGAACUCAGGAUGAAACAAAAUUUCAAAUUGCAGGUGAUGUGAGCCAACUUCACUCUGGUUUACAAUCGGUUCGUUUCAUUUCUCGUUACACAAUAGACUAUUUUCAAAGACUAAGUAAGAUUUUUUUUUAAAAGUUAGUACUGGAUUUUAAUAAUUUUUUAAUUUAAAUUCAAUUAAAUAUCUCGAUUAAUUACAUAGAACAUAUAUUUUUGAAUAUUUGAAAAAAUUUUCACAGUGUAUGUGAACAUAUAUGUCGCCAUAUAUGUGGAAAUAUACGCAAAACUAAUCGCACAUAUUUUUUGUCUUUACGCGCAUGUGACAUAUAUUUUUCCACGUGGGUAAAUUCGAAAUUUUCAAUUUAAGACACAGAACAAUUAGAUAAAUUUUGUAAGUAAUUUAAUAAUUUUUUUCUACUCUAAUUUAAUUGCAUUAAAUUUCGCUUUAAUCAAUAUUUAUAAUUAUAUUUAUUUAUUAAUCAAUCGAAUUAUAACUUUGUAAUAAUUUUUAAACUUUUUCUUCUCUGCGUAAAUUUGAAUUUUUUUCUCAUCGAAAAAAAAAUUUAUCUCCAUUGCAGUAAUUUAAUUAGUUAAUUAAUUAAUUGAUUGAUUUAUCCACAGACUUUUCUAAAAUAAAAAGUAUUAAUUUUAAAAAUUAAAACAGAAGAAAAAAGCAAAGGAAACAAAUAAAUAAAUAAAAGAUAAAAGACAAAAAAUAAAUAUGUAAUUAUUUGCUCGCAUGAAUCUUCUGUGUACUCUAGUAGCACGUCAUUAAUAUUUUAAAAAUUUAUUAUCAUUUAAUUACAAGAUAAUAAACAAUGACAUUAAAUUUCAAAUUUAAAUUUUUUAAAAAUUUUGUUAUCAGUUUAAAAAAAAAAGUAAAUCACAUAUAUCCGGAUUCUUAAAACAAAUAUUUAAGUGAUAAAAAUAAUCAUUUUAUUUAAAAUAAUUAUAAUAAUUAAUGACGCGUUACGAUUAUUAAAAUUGCUCAUAUUUAUUAAAAUAUUAUUUUAAUUAAUAUUUAUUAUUAUCAUUAUUAUUAUUAUUAUUAUUAUUAUUAUUAUUAUUAUUAUUAUUAAUAUUAUUAUUAUUAGAAAGGUGAUAAAAAUGUAAGAACAGUAUUAGAAUUAAUAAUUAUCGAAAUAUAAAAAAAAAACAUAAAACAAAAUAUAUAAUAUUUGUUUUGUUUAUAAUAUAUAAUACACUGUAAAAAAAUUUUUGGACCCGGUGUAGUGUAAAUGUCUCGGUGUAAAAAUUUUGGUGUGAAAAUUACACCAAAGUCGGUGUUAAAUUAAGGCGGCAAGAAUUAAAAAUUUUUACACCGCCAAACGUGUAAAUAUAUAAUUUAUGAUUAUUUUGCGUCCAGAAAUUGAAUCAUAAAAAUAUAUGAAUGUUCAAAAUACUAUUUAAUGUCUACAUGAAAUUAAUGUAGUUAUUGAUUAAGUAGUUAAAAAUAUUCAAUGAUCGUUUAUUGCCCGUUAAUCAAAAUUAAAACGAGUAACACGGAAUGGUGUAAAAAAAUUAGAUUACACCGUGUUCAAAUUACCCGGAUGGAAAUUUACACCGAAAGAAUUUCACACCGUUAUUUCACACUACACCGUGUAAAGUUUUCCGGGUCCAUUUUUACACCGAAUUUUUUUACAGUGUAGAGAAAUUUAAAUGAUACUGAAGUUAACAGACGUGUAAUAGUUUUUGGAUUUUUUUUCAGUCGAUAAAUUAUAAAAAAAAAAUAUUUUAAAAAAUUGCACUAAUAGUUUUUUUUAUUUUCUACAUGUGCAUAUUUUUAGUUUUUUUUUUUUUUGUAAUUGAUUUUUGAAAAAAAAAAAAAAUCAAAAAAUUUUUAAUUGUUUGCUUACUUCAGGAUCAUGAAAUUUAAAAUGACUGUGGAUGUAACUGACAGGUGUCAAUUUAUGAAUUUUUAAAUAAAUAAAUAAAAUGUGAGUAAAAUAAAAAUGAUACUGAAGUUUGCCGACGUCUAAUGAUUUUUGAAUUUUUUUUAAAAACAACAAAUUAUAAAAAAAAAUAUAUAUUAGAAGAAAUUGCACCUGCAGUUUGUUUUAUUUUCUACACAUGCAAUUUUUUUUUUUUUUUUUUUCGUAAUCGCUUUGUUAAAAAAAUCCAAAAAUUUUGAAUUUUCUUCAGUCUUUUAACUUCAGGGUCAUAAAUCAAAUUUUAAAAAGGCGUAUUUAGAUAAAUGAAAAAUGAGGACACGCGUUUUUCAAAAUUUUAUUAUUUCAAUUUAUUUAAUUAUUUAUUUAUUUAUUCAAAAUUUAUAAAUCGUCUCAUGUCUGUACAUUCACGCUCAUAAUUUAAAAUAUACUCAGCACUGUGUAGUGAAAAAAAAUACAAUGAUAAUAGCGAUAGCCGGUGGAAAAUUUUUUUAUUGUAUUUUUCAAUUAUUAUCAAGUACUUAAGUAUUAUUACUAUGGAUCAUUGAUAUGUAAUUAAACUUUUUUUUUUAUAAUUUCCUUCUAAAAAUUUAGAUUGAGAGCGUGAUGAUUUUUUAAUUAACUAAUAAUGAAACUAAUAAUAAUAAUAAUAUUAAUAAUAAUAAAAGAUAAAAUUAUUGACACUAUUAAUGUUAUUUUCAUGUCAUUAUUAUCAUUAUUGUUGCAAUUUAUAAAAUUCUACGAUAUUAUAAGUUUCAAUGACAUAUGCUUUAAGUAAGUAUAGAUGUUACUCCAAACGAAUAAAGGGUA